AUGAAAAAAAAAAUUUAUCUAAAUGCACUCUUUGUGCUUUUAGAAACCACUAAGUAGUAGUUAAGUAAUGUAGUUUAACUUAAUAGUGCAAUGAUGUAUUCAAUGGUUGGUGUGGCAAGUUUAGCUUUAGUAACUGGAAAUGCAAUUGUAUUUUUUAUUUUACUCGAUUUAUUAUAAUCAGAGAUUUUUUUUUGUAAUACUUAUACUAUGAACUCUUUGCAACCAAUAUUAAAUUAUUUGAAAGUAGAUUAGUUAUUGAAAGAAUUAAAUGGAAAAGUAAAUUAGAUUAGGUUAAUAGUAACUUAUAGCCAGACUACGAGAUCAUUUUUAAAGAGCCAUUCAAUGCAAAAAGCUGCUAUUUUACUGUCCUUGCCUCUAUUUUAACCUAUUUACUUUAUUGCUUUAGUUCAAAUACUUUAGGAAAUUUUAUAUUAAAAUGGCUUAAAAAUAUCCAGUAAUUACUAAAGUCAUGAAAUUUAUCCUUCGAUUUAAAAAAUAUGUGUAGAAAAAGUUUAAAAAUUAAAAAUUGAUAUUUUCAUUAGGAAUUUUUCAAGAUUAUUAGGCUAUUCUACUUUAGUUAACUUUUAGUGUAUUGUUAUAAUAUCCCAAUUACAGAUUGAUUCUCUAUUUGAAAUUCUCAACACUAUCUAUACUAUAUAGGUUUAGGGUUCAUUUUAAUAUCAAACUUUCCAUUAUUUUCAAUUACCACAAUAAAUAUAAAAAUUAUAAAAUAUUGAGGUACUUCUAUUCAGAAUCUAAAACUGAAUUUUUGAAAGGUUAAUUUAAGUCUUUACAAAUUUUUAUUCUUUAUUUUCAAUAUUACAGAAUUAAUCAAUUAUCCAGUAUCAUAAUCAAUCCUACUUCUAUGCAAUCAUUUUUCUUUUUGAUGUAUUUAAUUAGAAUCAAACCUUUAAAAUCUCUUUUUGAACCCACUAAAUUAGUCGUAAUGAGAUUGUAUUUAUGAAUAUUAUAGGGACUUUUUUAUUUUAUAGCUUUGAAUUCAGUUAAGAACUUUUAUUCUAAUUGGUUGGAUUCAUGUUACUCUGUUUUCUGCUAUUAUAAAAUUUAAUUUAUUUAUAGAAAUACUCUAAUAAAUCAAAGCAAAAGUAUGAGACUUACUUAUUAAAAAAACAAAAAGAAGAAAGUGAGUUGGGAUCUAAAUAGAAAUUGUGUAAUUUGCAAGGAUUUUCAUUAAAAGAGUAUGAUUAAUAAAUAUAAAAUGAGAUGUAAUUCUAAUUCAGUAAGCCUCAAUUAAAAUUCUUUAGAAUGUAAUUACUUUGUUAGUUUUAAUUACUACCCUAAUUAUUUUUUUGAGUUUUAAUGGGAAUUGUUUAAAAUAUAGGAAAACUUUUAAUUUUUUUCUUUAUUUAUCAUAAAUUACUGCUUUGAUGAAGAUAAUGUUGUUGAUCUAGUAAUCAAUUGA